AUGGCCGGCAAGGGUCUCAAGAGCCUCAAUGAGGCCAUGAAGGCGCUGAGCAUUGCUUCGCAGCCAUGCAGGGCACUGCCGAUGCGCCCAUCCUCUAUUCUCUCCUCCAGACGGUCGAUGGCCUCCGUAGCCACCCCUCCCGCCGCCGACAUCACAAGAUCGGUCUCGGAACCAUGGCAACCCAGUAUGAGCACCAACACGACUGCCAGCCUCGACAACAUUGCCCGCGCCGGAAAGGUACUAACCCAGGAUUCAGUCACCAACGUUCCUGUUACUGUCUAUUCCUUCCCCGAACUCGAGCCGCGCUCCCUCGAAUCCUACUCAGCCCGUCACCUCCACCUCCCGCUGCGUCGCGAUAUCCUCCACUUGGCCGUCAUCUACGAGGGUGACUCGACACGACUGGGCAUGGCGUCCUCCAAGACUCGCUACGAAGUUCACGGUUCGCACAAGAAGAUGAUUGCACAGAAGGGUACCGGUCACGCCCGCCGCGGUACCAAGCAGUCACCUCUGCAGAAGGGUGGUGGAAAGUCCUUUGGUCCCAAGCCCCGCGACUUCAGCACGAAGCUCAACAAGAAGGUCUACGAUCUGGCCUGGCGCACCGCGCUGUCCUACCGCUACAAGCGCGGCGAGCUCAUCGUCACCGAGGACGGCCUCGACCUCCCGCUCCCCGACGACUUCCUCUGGCUUGCCGGUGGCGGUAAGCUCAGCCGCGAGCUCGAGGACGCCUACGUCCGCAAGUGGGUUCGCGAGUUCAUGACCGGCUUGAACUGGGGCAAGGAGGCUGGCAGGACGACCUUCAUUACGGGCGACAAGCGCCCCAACCUUUUCACCGGAUUCGAGUUGGCCGGUGCCGAGGGUCGCGCUUUGGAGUUAUGGGACGUCGAUGUCAAGGACCUCUUGGAGACGGGCAGGAUAGUGAUCGAGCGCAGUGCUCUCAAGGAGAUGAUCAAGGACCACCAGAGCGACCUUGUCACUCGUGUAGCAGUCAAGGGGCUCCGCCAAAAGGGACCCAAGCUUGGCGAGGUGCUCGUCAGGGCGCCGAGAAACUAG